UUUUGGGCUACACCAUCGAACAGAACUUGACGCCCACGGUUCAGUGGCUGCGGGAUUUAGGGCUGAAGAAAGUCGAGAUUGCCAAGGUGAUUGCGCGCGUUCCCUCUUUUUUGGGCUGCAGCAUCGAACAGAACUUGACGCCCACGGUUCAGUGGCUGCGAGAUUUAGGGCUGACGAAAGUCGAGGUUGCCAAAGUGAUAGUCCGAUCUCCACAAGUUUUGGGGUACAGCAUCGAGCAGAACUUGACACCCACGGUGCAGUGGCUGCGAGAUUUAGGCCUGAAAAAAAUCGAGAUCGCCAAAGUGAUUGCACGCGUUCCCUCAGUUUUGGGCUACAGCAUCCGGCAGAACUUGACGCCCACGGUGCAGUGGCUGCGAGAGUUGGGGCUGACGAAAGUCGAGGUUGCCAAAGUGAUUGCACGCUCUCCCGCCGUUUUGGGGUACAGCAUCGAAGGCAACUUGAAGCCAAAGGUGCAGUGGCUGCAAGAUCUGGGGCUGACGAAGAUUGAGGUGCUCCAGGCAUGCGGCAAGCUUUCUCUGUUCGGGUCUGCGAUGAUGCUGACAGAAGCCCGUUUUGCCAAGAGAUACGAGGAUUGUGUAUACAUGGUCUUUGUACAAGGAGCCACAGAAUGCUGGCUUUGCCUCUCACGUGGGCAUGCUGCUUGCUGCUAUGGCAUAGGUUUGCCGAAGGUGCGACGACGUGCAAGUCGAAGCCGAACACCGGGCUUGAAUUACGAGCUUCUGCGACCUAGGCACGACCAUGUGGACUACCUCCCCGAUGCUCUCGCAACGGAGCUGCACAAGGUCAAGUUUCUGGCCUUCUUCCUGGUCUUCCUCUUGUGGGUUGGAGGCUGGGGAGCCCUGGACCAAGUCGUUACGCUGAUCAGCAAAGAUGACGAUGUGAAGAGCCUGGUUCUGUACUGCGUGGUGACGGCUUUUGGCUACGUCGGACUCCGCUGCCUCGCUCGGAAAUACCGCGGCUAUGCUCUUCUGGAUGAGCUGUGA